AUGCUGGUGGCCUGCAAGGAUAAAAGCGGCAGCGGCAAACCAAGGGGCCGGGGGAAGGAACCCCACGAAAGAUUGCUCCGCAGCUGUUCUUUGCGGAGCCCGGCCCCGCGCACCGCGCUGCAGCGGGCGGCGGAGGCUCCAGCUGUCCUCGGAGCGGAGCGAGGCUCGCCCGGGGGCCGCCCACCGCUGACAGCGCCCGGCCCGCCCGCAGCUGGUGCCGAGCGCUCCCCUGGGGAGGAGCAUCCUUCCGAACCCCCACCCACCGAGUUGGCCAUGAAAAAGACAGAAAACGACCACACACUGGUGCUCAUUGUGGACGUCAAGGCUAACAAGCACCAGACCAGACAAGCUGAGAAGAAACUCUGUGACACUGAUGUGGCCAAAGCCAAUGACCUGAUCAGGCCUGAUGGAUAG